ACAUUGGUCUUCUUUGCCCAGUCUAUUUUAAUGUUCUCUCCUGUCCAAUUCUAUAGGUAGUAAUUCCAUGCUUUGUUAGAGUCAUAAUACACUUCCAUUCUGGUGUUGUUUCUCCCUCUCAACAUGGUGGUGAAAAACACAAACCAAUUAGAGGAAACCACUAAUUCCACUUAUGAUAGAGAAGCUGAAGUGAAAGCUUUUGAUGAUUCAAAAGUAGGUGUCAAAGGUUUGGUGGAGUCUGGGGUGUCGAAAAUUCCACGCAUGUUCCAUACUGGGAAGAUGGAAAUCUCCGAAGACUCAGCUAGUGAGUCCAAGUUGAGUAUUCCCAUCAUAGACCUCAAAGACAUACACAACAAUCCAGCUCGACGUGUAGAGGUAAUUGGCCAAAUUCAAAGUGCAUGCCAUGAGUGGGGAUUUUUUCAGAUAAUUAAUCAUGAAAUUCCCAUUAAUGUCUUGGAUGAAAUGAUUGAUGGAAUUAGUAAGUUUCACGAACAAGAUGCUAAUGUAAGAAAAGAUUUUUAUACGCGGGAUUUGAACAAAAAAGUUAUGUAUUACUCUAAUGUACUCUUGUUUAGUGGAAAACCUGCUAAUUGGAGAGAUACAUUUGGUUUUGCUAUUGCUCCUCAUUCAUUCAAACCAGAUGAAGUGCCACCAAUAUGCAGAGAUAUUGUGAUUGAAUAUUCACAAAAAAUAAAGAAUUUGGGUUUCAAAAUCUUUGAGUUGUUAUCAGAGGCACUAGGAUUUAACCCUUCUUACCUUAAAGAGUUUGGUUGUGCCGAAGGACUAUUUACUUUGGGUCACUUCUAUCCACCAUGCCCUGAACCUGAAUUAACUAUGGGCUCGACCAAGCAUACUGAUAGCACUUUCAUGACAUUACUUCUACAAGACCAACUUGGUGGUCUACAAGUUCUUCAUGAAGAUAAAUGGGUCAACAUUCCUCCGAUACAUGGAGCUCUUGUUGUAAACAUAGGAGAUCUUCUACAGCUUAUCACAAAUGACAAGUUUGUAAGUGUUUUUCACCGAGUCUUAUCACAAAACAUAGGCCCGAGAAUUUCUGUAGCGAGCUUCUUUCUGGAUUCUCGUGACCCAAUUGAAGGUACAUCAAAGGUUUAUGGUCCUAUUAAGGAGCUGCUUUCAGAAGAAAACCCACCAAUCUACAAAGACAUUACCAUAAAAGAUUUCUUGGCGCAUUUUUAUGCAGAAGGCCUUAAUGGAAAAUCUUCCUUGGAGCCCUUCAAGUUGUGAAUUCAACAAGUGAAUGCACUUUUGAUAUAAAGCCAUGUUUUCAGCUAUAAGUGUACUCUAUAUGUAUCAUGUUUCUAAGACUGAAAUAAAUUGAUUGUCCAUGUUUGUUGACAACCGAAAGUAAUCAUACUUGGACUGAGAAUUGCCAAAAGAAAGAAAUGUAUAUGUCAGCUUACGGUUGAUGGUUUCAAUGUCA